AAAAGUAAAUAUCGGUGAUUGAGUGUGGCCACGGCCCUAUAUUUGCAAAUGGAUCCUAAAAGACCCUAUUUUUACAAAGCCAACCAGUAACAAUCCUAUUUUUGCAAAAAAAACUCGGUUAUUGAAGAUCUUCCUGCUCCACCAGAGCAUAACAGUGUUUCAGAUGAUGCGGUAGCACUUGCACCUGUUGGAUACCAGGUUAAUAAUCAACUUCGCUUUCCUGCACUCUUUCUAAUUUCUUAAUCCCAUUAAAGCAUCCGCUGAGGAAUUUUUCUCUGUGUGGAGAUUACUAGUCAGACCUCCUCUGAAACUCUUUCAGACAUGUUCAUGACUUGUUCUCUGCUUCAAGAUUUUCAACUAGUGAAAGAAGUCAAAUGUGAACAGCUAAUUUGUUUUAUUAACAAAUUUUGUAGUCACUGCACCACAUUCGCUCACUUUAAAUUCUUCUGUAGGACCUUCCCAGCUCAUCAUUACUGACCCAUACACACAAUGUGAACAUUCCAUUUUUUUUUUCUUCUUACUAGAUUGUGGUAAGCAAUAAAAUUCAAAGUGUAAUACAUUUCGUUGUGGAAAAAUAUGACACUGACUUAACAAUUAACAUAAAAGACACAAUACAAUCCAAAGUGUAAUACAUUUCUUUGUGGAAAAAUAUGACACUGACAUAACAUAAAAGACACAAUACAAUUCAAAGUGUAAUACAUUUCUUUGUGGAAAAAUAUGACACUGACUUAACAUAAAAGACACCCCUUAUGAAAGUCAAAUUUUCUUUGUAGAAAAUAGAGAAAACAAAAAAAAAAAAAAAAAAAAAAAAAGAGUACCUCUAUUAUAAUUACGGGCACAGAUCACCAUUUUUCAAGAAACAAAAUGACAAAGAAAAUAAUGGCAUCUUCAAAUUUCUUACUUUUCUCUCCAACUCUAGUAAUCAUUACGCUCUUCCUCUUACAAAAUUUUGUGUAUGCUUCUUUGGAGGAAGCUCAUGCUCUUCUAAAAUGGAAAGCAAGCCUUCAAAUCCCAAACAACUCCUCCGUGUCUUCAUGGCUUCCACUCCCUAUGAAUCCCAGUGCUUCGGUUCCAUGCACUUCUUGGGUUGGAGUGGUUUGCAAUGCUGAUGGGAACAUUCAAAAGUUGAACCUCAGUUCAUCUGGAUUAAAUGGUACUCUUCACCAAUUUUCAUUCUCUUUGCUACACAAUCUUACACAUUUUGAUCUCAGUGUAAACAAUUUUGUUGGCCCCAUCCCAACUGAAAUCCGAAUUCUGUCCAAACUUGUCUAUCUUGAUUUAAAAAAGAACAAGUUUUCUGGAGUAAUCCCACCUGAGAUAGGAAACAUGGUCUCACUUGAACUCCUAAGCCUCUCCUCAAACAAUCUAUCUGGCUCAAUUCCUUCAUCAUUUGGUAGUUUGACAUCUUUGAAUGUUCUUACAUUGCAUCAGAAUCAACUCUUUGGUUCCAUUCCUAUUGAACUUGGGAAUUUGAAAUCUCUCACUAAACUUGCAAUGAGCGAAAAUCAACUCAGUGGUUCUAUUCCAUCAUCGCUAGCAAACCUAAGCAACCUACGGUUUUUAUACCUCUAUGACAAUAAAUUAUCUGGUCUCAUUCCUACUGAAUUUGGGAAUUUGAAGUCUCUCAUUAUUCUUUCGGCAAACACCAAUUUUCUUAAUGGUUCUAUUCCUUCAUCACUAGCAAACCUGAGCAACUUACAAUAUUUGUAUCUCGAUGAGAAUAAAUUAUCUGGUCUCAUUCCUAUUGAACUUGGGAAUUUGAAGUCUCUCAUUGAACUUGAGGUGAGCAACAAUCAACUUACUGGUUCUAUUCCUUCAUCAUUAGCAAACCUGAGCAACCUACAGUAUAUGCGCCUCUAUAAGAAUAAAUUAAGUGGUCUCAUUCCUAUUGAACUUGGAAAUUUGAAGUCUCUCUCUAUUCUUGAGUUGAGCCACAAUCAACUUAGUGGUUCUAUUCCUUCAUCACUAGCAAACCUGAGCAACUUACAAUAUUUGCAUCUCUAUGAGAAUAAAUUAGCUGGGAUCAUUCCUAUUGAACUUGGAAAUUUGAAGAACCUCAUGCAUCUUGUGGUUAACAACAACCAACUUAGUGGUUCUAUUCCUUCAUCACUAGGAAACCUAAGCAACCUACAACUUUUGUACCUCUAUGAGAAUCGACUAUCUGGUCCUAUUCCUGUUGAACUUGGGAAUUUGAAGUCUCUCUCUGAUCUUGAGGUGAGUGAGAAUCAACUUAGUGGUUUUAUUCCUUCAUCCUUAGGAAACCUCACCAACCUACAGUGGUUGUACCUCAAAGAUAAUAAUUUUUCUGGUCCUAUUCCUAUGGAACUUGAGAAUUUGAAGUCUCUCAUUGAUCUUGUAGUGAGCCGCAAUCAACUUAGUGGUUCUAUUCCAUCUUCAUUGGGUGAUUUGACAUCGAUAAAUCACCUUUAUUUGCAGCAAAAUCAGCUCUCUGGUCCUAUUCCUAUUGAACUUAUGAAUUUGAAGUGUCUUAUUGAUCUUAAGGUGAGCCACAAUCAACUUAGUGGUUCCAUUCCUCAGGAGUUUGGUAAUUUAACUCAACUACAAAGGCUUGAUCUGUCUUUGAAUCAUUUGGUUGGUGAGAUUCCAAAGGAGUUUGGGAAGAUGAAAAGUAUGUUGUAUUUAUACUUGUCUGAUAACCAACUUUCAGGUACCAUACCUCUGGAGCUUGGGUUCUAUGAACUCCUUGAAGUACUUGAUCUCUCAAGGAAUAGAUUGAAUGGGUCCAUACCAAAAAGUAUUGGUCAAUGGGCUCAAAUCCACUACUUGAAUCUUAGUAAUAACAAGCUCAGUGAGAAAAUUCCAUAUGAGAUAGGUAAAUUAAAGCAACUUACAGAACUUGAUUUAUCUCACAAUUCGCUCAUGGAACAAAUACCAUCUGAAGUUCAAAGUCUACAAAAUUUGGAGAAACUAGACCUUUCUUACAAUAGACUAUCUGGUUCAAUUCCUAAUGCAUUCGCAAAUUUGCCACGUGGGAUUGAUAUCAACCUGGCGUAUAAUGAGCUGUCAGGUCUAGUUCCCCGCUAUGCUGUCUUUGUAAAUGCGUCCAUACAACUAUUACAAGGCAAUCCAGGUUUGUGUGGAGAUGUUACAGGGCUGAAACUUUGUGCAAGUCAAAUUAUAAUGAAGAAAAAUCAUCCAUUUCAUCAUAGGGUCAUUCUUGUAGUUAUGCUCCCUCUUCUUGGAGCAGCUUUACUUGGUUUCUUCAUGUGUCGCCUCAUUGCUUAUCAACAACAAAAGAAAAAAGUUCCACAGAAAGGAUUGGAUGAAGAAAGUGGUGAUUACUUCUUCAUAAAAAGUUUGGGUGGAAGAGUAGUGUAUGAUGAUAUCUUGAUGGGAACAAAUAAUUUUAAUGAAGCAUAUUGUAUUGGGACCGGAGGAUACAGUAUUGUGUACAAAGUCGAGCUAAAACCUAACAAUGUGGUAGCUGUCAAGAAACUUCACUCCUCACCUGAGAAUGUUGAUCGCAAUGGUUUCCUUAAUGAGGUACGAGCAUUGACGAACAUAAGGCAUCGAAACAUAGUGAAACUCUAUGGAUAUUGCUUCCAUGCCCACCACUCAUUUUUGAUUUAUGAAUACCUUGAAAAGGGGAGCCUUGGAUCAAUCUUAAGAAGCGAUGUUUUAGUAAAAGAAUUGGAUUGGUUGAAAAGGGUCAAUAUUGUAAAGGCUGUAGCUAAUGGUUUGGCUUAUAUGCAUCAUAAUUGCUCACCUCCUAUAAUUCAUAGAGACAUUUCCAUAGCCAACAUCCUUCUUGAUUCUGAUUAUGAGGCACAUAUUUCUGAUUUUGGCACGUCCAAGCUUUUAAAGCUAGACUCAUCAAACUGGACCGCAAUUGCAGGCACCUAUGGUUAUAUUGCGCCAGAGCUUCCUUAUACGAUGAUCGCAACUGAGAAAUGUGAUGUGUAUAGCUUUGGAGUUGUUGCACUAGAAGUGAUCAUGGGAAAGCACCCAGGAGAACUCAUAACAUCUUUACCAACAUUGUCUGUUGAUUAUCUAGUGCCAGGAAUUAUAGGAGAUAGUCGGAUACCACCUCCCUCAUCACAAGUUGAGAAACAACUUAAGUCGGUACUAAGUCUCUCAAGAGCAUGUUUGAAAUCCAAUCCACAUGAAAGACCAACAAUGCAUAGAGUUUCAAAUAUGUUAAUGAAGGAUCAACUUUGAAUUUA